ACAGGGGGGGGCUCUUUGUAUGUAUCGGCGUUCUGCCUGAUUGGCACAGGCGGAGGGACGUGCCCAUCACCGCCUUCUCAACUGCGACCAAACCAGGGUUAAUGAUUCCCAGGGCCGGUGACCCGCGGGCACUCACUUCAACAUUCGCCACCGGGACGUCGCUCACUCUCAGCACGGCGGCAUCAUGAGCGACGGCGGCGGCGGCGUGGCGGUGCGGGUGGCCCAGCGGCUGCUGGUGCGGGGAGCGGCGCAAGUGGUGGUGGUCUGCCGGGGCGGGCAGCGCUACCUGGCCGGGGCGGACAUGGCAGACGUGGCCAUCGUCCCGAACGGCAGCGUGGUGGUCGGCAGAGAUGGGGACGUGGUGGCGGUGGGGCCGGCGGAGGAGAUCGCCGCGCAGUUCGAGGGCUGCUCCUUCGACCAGAUCAUCGACGCGCAGGGACACAGCGUGAUCCCAGGUCUGGUGGACGCGCACACUCACCCGGUGUGGGCGGGAGACCGCGUGCACGAGUUCGCCAUGAAGUUGGCGGGAGCCUCGUACCUGGACGUGCACCGUGCGGGCGGGGGCAUCCACUCGACGGUGGAGAGCACGCGCGCCGCCGGGGAGCCGCAGCUGCUGGCGUCGCUGUGCGAGCGCCUGCGCCGCGCCCUCCGCGCCGGCACCACGGUCGUGGAGGCCAAGAGCGGCUACGGCCUGGAGCUCGCCAGCGAGCUGCGCAUGCUGCGCACGCUGGAGCGGGCGCGCGCGCUGGUGCCGCUCAGGAUCGUCAGCUCCUACUGCGGCGCGCACGCCGUGCCCAGAGGGCGCGAUGCGGACGGGUACACGGAGGAGGUGGUGCGCGAGCAUCUGCCGGCGGUGCGGCGCCUCGUGGAGGACGGCUCGCUGCGCGUGGAGCUGGCCGACGUGUUCCUGGAGCGCGGCGUGUUCGAGCGGGACGCCGCCCGCUCCGUGCUGCGCGCCGCGCGCGACCUCGGCUUCCUGCUCAACUUCCACGGCGACGAGUUCACCGACAUGGGCGCCGGCGAGCUGGCCGCUGAGUUGGGCGCUCGCGCCGUGAGCCACCUGGAGGAGACGAGCGACGAGGGCAUCGCGGCCAUGGCGACGGCACGCUGCGCUGCCGUGCUGCUGCCCUCCACCGCAUACGUACUGAGGCUGAAAGAGCCGCGAGCGAGGGCCAUGAUCGACGCGGGAGUCAUCGUCGCGCUGGGGAGCGACUUCAACCCCAACGCUUACUGCAUCGCCAUGCCGGUGGUGAUGAACUUGGCGUGCGUACGCCUGCGCAUGUCGCUCCCGGAGGCGCUGGUGGCCGCCACCAUCAACGCGGCCUACGCCCUGGGCUGCGAGGAGCGACACGGCUCCCUGGAGCCAGGCAAGCAGGGAGACAUGGUCAUCAUCGCCGAGCCCAGGUGGGAGCACAUCAUCUACCAGCUGGGCUGCCACGGCGACAUCAUCAGUCACGUGAUCACUCAGGGCAACGUCGUCUACGAGAAGUGAUGCCGAUGGCGCCGACUGUGACGCCACCGCCGCCACCGCCAAUGAGAAUCCCCGGAUGAUGAUGUGCGGUGACGACCGCGUGCGCGGCCACGGGAUGAGCGCGACGCUACGGAUUCGCACGCACGGUGGCGCUCGCCUUCUUGAAUUCCUCGGCGUUUCGCGUCUCUCGUGCUGCAGCCAUUCCGCAGGCCCUGCCGCGUUCCGACCUGGGUUGCACGUCGCCCCAGCAGCCGCCGGAGGCCGCUACGACCGCCGCGUUUGUUUUAAAAUAAAUGAUUGGAUGGAAUGCUUGAACGACGGGAGGGCUUCAGGACAGGGUUUGUGUCGUUCUGCGAUUCCUCCUCCUCCUUCGUUGAAGGGCAGACGACAGUGGAUUUACCGUGGGCUCCAUAGUUUUGAUUUCAUGGCCACAACUUCUGUGACUUGCGUCUGCAUUGUAUCGCUGAGUCGUGAGAGUUCAUCGGAUCGCAAGCGGCGUGAUUCGUCGCACCGCUCGGGGAUUCCGCCUGUACCUGCCAGACGCCCGCUCUGCUUUUGCUUGUCACUGAUCUCUCGCUGCGGACGCUCUUGUUUCAUGGCUACGGCGUGACAUGUGCCCUUUAAUAUUCCGUCAGUGCAUUAAAACGUGCAAGAGUGAUU